UGGAUGGAAGCGAACGUCAAAUCCUCUGACAACGUGACGUCCUAUAGGCUGGACGCUCGUGGGACACCUCGUGUGAAUAUGAUGGAUAUGUGACACUGUGACGCACAGCUGAGCUGCAGCUGGAGAUACUGUCUGAGUCCUGAGCGUAGCUGGAGGUUUUCUGAGAUCAGCAGAGCUCCAAAUGGGACCCUCACCUCACCUGGCGUGUUUGGGAAUGAACCUGGACCAGUGCGUCGGUGCCAUUUGGCACACAUGAACUUUUUGGUCCACGGCGCGCUAAUCCUGCACCUUUCACUCCGACAAUGAAGACGUCUCGCAGGUGCAGGAGCCUUCUGUCGGUUAGUUUGAACUUCUUCGCCCUGUUGUUCUCCAUCACCGCGUUCAUGACCACCUACUGGUGCGUUGGCACGCAGAGAGUCCCCAAACCAAAGUGCAGCAAGCUGCGGACGCACCAGUGCAUCGACUAUGGAGUGAACGAAACGGACCCCAACAAAGUGGUGUACAGCUGGGAGACCGGGGACGACCGGUUCCUGUUUCGUCAGUUCCACACUGGCAUCUGGUUGUCCUGCGAGGAAAAUAUCCACGAUGAAAGUGAGAGAUGCCGAAGUUUCAUUGAUUUAGCCCCUCUGUCAGAGAAAGGCAUGCUCUGGCUGUCGCUGGUUUCUGAGAUGUUGUACAUCAUUCUGCUGGUUGUGGGCUUCAGUCUCAUGGGUUUGGAGCUGGUGCAUUCCAGCAACGUCAUUGAUGGACUCAAGCUCAACGCCUUUGCUGCUGUCUUCACUGUGCUCUCAGGUCUUCUCGGUAUGGUGGCUCAUGUGAUGUACUGUCAGGUCUUCCAGGUCACCGUCAGCCUCGGUCCACCUGACUGGAGGCCCUACAACUGGGACUACGGCUGGUCUUUCUGCAUGGCCUGGGCGUCCUUCACCUGCUGUAUGGGUGCAUCGGUCACCACCCUCAACUCCUACACAAAGACCGUCAUCGAGUUCAGACACAAACGUAAGACCUUUGAACAAAGCAUUCGUGAGGAGCACGCACGGGAGGCUUUCGGAUAUUUCCGAGAACACUCCGUGCACUCCAUAUCCAAAUCUGUGGAGGUUUACUCCAGCCAGAGCCUAAAAAGUGGCCGAAAAACUCCCAUACCUGCUGACUUCUUGGACUUCAGUGACAUUGCAGGGUCUUUGGGGGAAGAACAAUGCUGAGGGAGACAGGACAGUAUCUUGACAGACGGGAGCAUUGCUGAGCCUCUUUGGUAAGUGUUCACUGUAGGAUGAGCAUUUAUCAGAGCAGCCGGACGCUUUGUUAGCUCCAUCUGAUGUAUUUCAACACUGCCUUAACUGCAACAGUUCAUGGAGCUGCAAGUCGUACAAAGACUAAGUCGGGAAAUCCAGCUGAGAACUUGAAAUAGUGGAUGCAAAUCUCAUGGAAUUUUUUUUUUCUGUUUGUGCAACCUACCACAGUGUAGAUGUAAAAGAAAAUGCAAACCCAUAUAAACAGAGUAUCUCUCAGAUGGUAAUAGCCUUAUUAAACAUGUUCAGACAGUCAGAAAAUCCAUGCAAAGACAGUUCAUCUGGGCUGUCAUUUUUUCAAAAAAUCAAACCAUGAACACUUAAUGCAAAUGAUGUGCCUAUUUACAGUAUGUAAAUUGUAAAUAAGUUGUGAAGUGCAGUAUGUUUGUACACCGAAUGUUUGUGAGAAAGAGUGGAUCGUUUUUCUUUUAGAUUCUCAUAAUUUAUCAUCUCAUGAAGCCCAAAUGAGCAUUUGCAAGACAUUUCAGUUGGACGAGUGUGAUUUACGUGGCAAAAAACUGCUGAGAAACUUACAACACAGAUCUGUCGAGCUUGAAAAUUCAUCUAAAUGCACAUGUGAUGACUGGAAUGAGCCACAGUCAGUAUACCUUCUCACAUUAGUAGUAGAGUACAUCAUUUUCAUUUCAUCUUUCUGUGUUGAUUGAAGGAAAAUAAAAACUAAAUGCUGUCGAAAUGUC